GCCCGCCCGCGGCCCCGCCGCCGGCCCGGACAUGGCCGCCAACAUGUACAGGGUCGGAGACUAUGUCUACUUCGAGAACUCCUCCAGCAACCCGUACCUGAUCCGAAGGAUCGAGGAACUCAACAAGACAGCCAACGGGAACGUGGAGGCCAAGGUAGUGUGCUUCUACAGGAGGCGGGACAUCUCCAGCACCCUCAUCGCCCUGGCGGACAAGCAUGCGACCCUGUCAGUCUGCUAUAGAGCCGGACCGGGGGCGGACACCGGCGAGGAAGGGGAGGUGGAGGAGGAGGUGGAGAACCCUGAGAUGGUUGACCUGCCGGAGAAGCUGAAGCACCAGCUGCGCCACCGGGAGCUGUUCCUCUCCCGGCAGCUGGAGUCUCUGCCUGCCACGCACAUCAGGGGCAAGUGCAGUGUCACCCUGCUCAACGAGACCGAGUCGCUCAAGUCCUACCUGGAGCGUGAGGAUUUCUUCUUCUAUUCUCUAGUCUACGACCCACAGCAGAAGACCCUUCUGGCCGAUAAAGGGGAGAUUCGAGUGGGGAACCGGUACCAGGCUGACAUCACUGACUUGCUGAAAGAAGGUGAGGAGGAUGGCCGUGACCAGUCCAAACUGGAGACCAAGGUCUGGGAGGCACACAACCCCCUUGUGGACAAGCAGAUUGACCAGUUUCUGGUGGUGGCGCGGUCUGUGGGCACCUUCGCCCGGGCCCUGGACUGCAGCAGCUCCGUGAGACAGCCCAGCCUGCACAUGAGCGCCGCCGCCGCCUCCCGAGACAUCACGCUGUUCCACGCCAUGGACACGCUGCACAAGAGCAUCUACGACAUCUCCAAGGCCAUCUCGGCCCUCGUGCCGCAGGGCGGGCCGGUGCUCUGCAGAGACGAGAUGGAGGAGUGGUCCGCCUCAGAAGCCAACCUUUUCGAGGAAGCCUUGGAAAAAUACGGGAAAGACUUCACAGACAUUCAGCAAGAUUUUCUCCCUUGGAAGUCACUCACCAGCAUCAUCGAGUACUACUACAUGUGGAAGACCACAGACAGAUAUGUCCAGCAGAAACGCUUGAAAGCAGCGGAAGCAGAGAGCAAGUUGAAACAAGUUUAUAUUCCCAACUAUAAUAAGCCAAAUCCAAACCAGAUCAGCGUCAACAACGUGAAGGCCAGUGUGGUGAAUGGCACAGGGACGGCAGGCCAGAGCCCUGGGGCCGGCCGGGCCUGCGAGAGCUGUUACACCACACAGUCUUACCAGUGGUAUUCUUGGGGUCCCCCUAACAUGCAGUGUCGCCUCUGCGCCUCUUGUUGGACAUAUUGGAAGAAAUAUGGUGGCUUGAAAAUGCCAACCCGGUUAGAUGGAGAGAGGCCAGGACCAAACCGCAAUAACAUGAGUCCCCAUGGCAUGCCAGCCCGGAGCAGUGGGAGCCCCAAGUUUGCCAUGAAGACGAGGCAGGCCUUCUACCUGCACACCACCAAGCUGACGAGGAUCGCCCGGCGGCUGUGCCGUGAGCUCCUGCGCCCCUGGCACGCCGCCCGGCACCCCUACAUGCCCAUCAACAGUGCCGCCAUCAAGGCCGAGUGCACGGCCCGGCUGCCGGAAGCUUCCCAAAGCCCACUGGUGCUGAGGCAAGUGGUGCGGAAGCCCCUGGAGGCUGUGCUCCGGUACCUGGAGACCCACCCACGCCCCCCUAAGCCUGAUCCGGUGAAGACCGCAUCCAGCGUCCUCAGCAGCCUGACGCCCGCCAAGUCGGCCCCGGUCAUCAACAACGGCUCCCCCACCAUCCUGGGCAAGAGGAGCUACGAGCAGCACAACGGGGUAGACGGCAACAUGAAGAAGCGCCUCUUGAUGCCCAGUAGGGGCACUUACUUGGGUCUGGCAAACCAUGGACAGACCAGGCACAUGGGACCAAGCCGGAACCUCCUGCUCAACGGGAAGUCAUACCCCACCAAAGUGCGCCUCCUCCGCGGCGGCUCCCUGCCGCCCGUGAAGCGGCGGCGGAUGAACUGGAUCGACGCCCCAGAUGACGUGUUCUACAUGGCCACCGAGGAGACCAGGAAGAUCCGAAAGCUGCUCUCAUCCUCAGAAACCAAGCGUGCUGCCCGCCGGCCCUACAAGCCCAUCUCCCUGCGCCAGAGCCAGGCCCUGCCGUCCAGGCCUCCGCCGCCCGCCCCGGUCAACGACGAGCCCAUCGUCAUCGAGGAUUAGCGGCGGCCCGCCCCCGCGGCCCGCCCAGGCUUUUCCGUCAACCCCAGAGUGUCCCGAGCCUGGGCGCCGGGCGGCCUCUGCCCCGCCAGACUGCUGCCUGCCCCCCCUGUGUCGGUAGUGCCCCUCCUCCCGCCCUCGCCUGCAGAGAAAUGCGCUCCUUCGGCGGACACAGGGGAAGAAGUGCAGUUUAACUUAUUCCGAGAUGCCGAGGAGUCGUUUUUUAGCUUUGUGUUUACUUUCUGGCUGGAGCAGAGAUGAGGCAGCCGCCCGGGAUCGGCCCUAAGGUUUUGUUGUGUUCUGUUGAAGGUGCCAUUUUAAAUUUUAUUUUUAUUACUUUUUUUGUAGAUGAACUUGAGCUCUGUAUUUCACCUGGAAUGUUAGGAGGAUCAGUGUGGCCGGUGGCAGCCGCUGCCUGGCGGGUCGGCCCCUUGUCUUUUCAAGUAAUUUUCAUAUUAAACAAAAAAGAAAAAAUCUCAUAAAAAGGAAAAAA